AUGGUUGUUCCACCAACACCAAAUGGAGGUGCAGAGCAUCCUCCCCAGAACUCGAUGUGGCGGACAGGUCUUAUUUAUGGUAUGGUGGCUAUCCUCAUCUUCUUCUUUCUCGACAUGAAAGGCACGAGUCGCACCAGGAGUGAUAGCGAAUCGGAGUUGAGCGGAGGAGAUCAUGCAGCAGCAGCGGAGGUAAGCUCACAAUAUACUCCCUUUGCUAAAAGAGGCGACGUGUACUCCAUUCUUAUUACAUCUGGUAAAGAUGGUGUAUUUGACGAGGACACAUUUUCAGAUCUUGUUCUCGAUGAUAACACCGGCGAUGUGUCACGAAAAUACACCGUUGAUUUGCGUCGAUGCCAUGCUGAAAAUCGCAGCGUAAUUCUUAUCAUUAAAACGAGCAUCAGAGGAAAGGAAUACUUUCAGGAUUUCCCCUUGGUGCGUUACUUGCCGUUUCGACGCACAAGAGAAAAGCAGCAUUUGUUUACCAAAAAAGCAACCCCGGGGGAAGACGCAGGUAACACCACCGAUGUGGAACCGAUGACUGUCUGGAAAGCUUACUUUCAACCAUCAUUGAUCCUAAGUCCCAUUGUUGACUUUUCCAGCCCACUUCCCCCAGCAAUGAGACCCUACUACUUCAUGGACAACGCAACGCAACAAUACCUACCUUUAAUCUACAUUAACAACUUUUGGGUGCUGCGAGAUCACUUGGUGGAGGUCAACGCCACAACAGUGGCUUCCGCAUUUAAUUUCACCAUCACAAUAUCCCCGCGCCCUCUGUGGAAGUUCGCUCUCUAUGUUAACUUUGAAGCAUCCAUGAAACAGCAUCAAGAGAUGGGUUUAGCGAAGCCUGGGGAUUCAGAUGAGACCAAACGAAUAUUCUUGGAAACAAAUCCCUAUUUUUUGGCUCUGACUGCCAUUGUGACCGUGCUGCAUAUGUUGUUUGAAUAUUUGGCGUUUUCAAACGAUGUGAAGUUCUGGCGGCAUCGAAGCAAUUUUAAAGGUCUAUCGCUUCGUACAAUCGCGCUGAAUUGUUACUUUCAAACCAUUGUAUUUCUUUACCUUUUGGACGGUGAUGAGACGUCAUGGGCCAUUCUACUCCCUAGUGGUUUUGCUGUUCUCAUUGAGUUCUGGAAGCUCGCACAAACUGUGCGAGUUGUGCGUCAGGACAAUGGGUGGUGGUGGGUUGCGUUCAACGACGGUUACGAUAGGCGCACACGCAAACACGAUGAUCUCGCCGUGCGUUAUCUUAUGUAUGCCAUGACGCCUGUCCUGCUCUCGUAUACCGUCUAUUCGGCGCUCUAUAACACUCACAGAGGUUGGUAUUCGUUCAUUAUAAAUACGCAGGUACGUUUUAUUUACUUUUUUGGAUUUGCCAUGCUAACUCCACAAAUUUUUAUCAACUACAAAAUGAAGAGUGUUGCACAAUUGCCGUGGCGAACGUUUGUGUAUCGUGCCCUCAAUACAGUUAUUGAUGAUCUUUUUGCAUUUAUAGUGAAGAUGCCAUGGCUGCAUCGUCUUGCAUGCUUUCGCGACGAUGUUGUCUUUGCCAUCUUGUUGUAUCAGCGGUGGAUUUAUCCGGUUGAUGUCGCACGCGGUGAGGACCCUGACAGCGACCGUGACGGAGAGGAGAAUAAGACAGAAAGCACCACGGAGGCGGAGGCCAAUGGGAGUGAGGUGGACGCGGUUGCGAAAGUCAAUGAAAAACAGAUGCGGCCGUUGAAGGAUGCCGAGGAAACACAUCCACUCCCUCCAGAGGCAAAAAAAGAGCAGUAA